CCUGCCGUAAUUACGUCCGUGCACCACCACGUCGAAAAAGGCGACACAUCCAUUAGUUUCUGCUGAUGUCCAUAAGGAACAUCACUCUAGACACAUGGUCAGAACAGAUAAUGCGGCCGAAAGCGCCCCACUAUCCAAAACGCCAAUGAGUCUUCAGCUAGUACCACGUCGGACCUUUCUUCUGAGUCACACCCCGAUCUCAGGAGCAUAGAAAUAGAAAAUACCUACUUAGACAUCGAGCUUCUUUCACUCUGAAUCCUCACCAUGGCCUUUCCAUCAGUUUUCAGCGAGGAUCAGAUUGUGUCGUUCCUCAAACACAUUGGUCUUUCCUCGUUACUCCAGCAGCAGAGAUUCUCAGGCAAUGCCGCUCAGGAUCUUCAUUUCCUCCAACAGCUGCAUACACAUACCAUCGCUGCCAUUCCGUACGAAAACCUCUGGCUCCACUACAACCCUACUCACACGAACAACAUCAAGCCGCAGGAAACAUUCAACAGCGUCAUUACCAAUAGGCGCGGGCGCGGCGGCUAUUGUUUCCAGGUAUCAAUCUUCUUCAAUCACAUGCUACGUGGACUAGGCUUCCCGGCCUAUCUCGCUCCCGUGAGAAUCAGGCAUCGUCUAGAUGGUGUUCCGCAGGGUGACUACAGCGGCUGGGUGCACCUCGUCAAUCUCAUCAGCUUAGCAGACGGCACCAAAUGGGCCCUCGACGUUGGUUUUGGCGGCGACGGUCCUACAGCGCCCAUGCAGCUUGCUCAUGAUUAUCCAAAAACAAAUUUAGGAAGCCAGGAGGUUCGACUCUGGCAUGAUUGGAUCCCUGCACAGUUGCACCGGACGGAGGGGACCAAGCUCUGGAUCUACCAGUACCGCAAUGGCCCUGAGCAUGCGUGGAAUUCGUUCUACGCGUUCUCUGAAGAAGAAGCCAUGGAGGCGGAUUUCCACAAUCUCAAUUGGUAUACUGGCUCGCACCCGGAGAGCUUCCAGACGUUCACUUGUAUCAUUGUAAAAUUCCUGCGACGCGCGAAGUCCGAUGUUAGAGAUAGCGACCAAGAGAUUUACGGCAAGCGCAUGCUGGUCAACGGCGUUGUCAAAGAGAAUCUGGGAGGGAGGACCACGGUUGUGGAAGACUGUAUGACCGAGGAGCAGAGAAUACAUGCUCUAGAAAAGUGGUUUGGCAUAAUGUUAACAGAAGAAGAGAAGGCCGGUAUCAGAGGCUGGGUAACUGAGCUCAGGGGCGACGGCAGCGAAGGUGUAGUAGCAGGAAUGAGGACGAGAAGCGAAAAUUGGGAGGUCUGCAGAGGGAAGGAUGGGUGGUGGAAGUGGAAUGGACCGGCUGCUGAAUGACAGACGGAACUUCCCAAGUUCAGUUCGCGGAUUUGUUGUUAUCAGCGCGGGCAUCAACCCAACAGGCUUUCACAGAGAUUCACUGUUACGGUUUAUGCUGGAAGGACAUUGCGCGUGUCACAUACAGAGUCGCUAUCAGUCAGGCUAGUCUAAUCUGACAUCGAACCGAUAUCUGUGCACGUGUAUACCUCAUCAUCAUAAUUAUCAAAGUGUAUCAAAAGAAAAAAAAAUCUAAAAGCUAAAUUAUCUUUCUU